CAUGUGAUUAGCUCCAAUCGUGUCAAAUCACAGCUGAUCACUGAUCAUCAGGGCACUGAUGAUCAGUGUGGCCCCAGCAGUGCCACCUGUCACUGUCCAUCAGUGCUCGCCAGUGCCACAUCAAUGCCACAUAUCAGUGCCUACCAGUGCACAUCAAUGCCACCUAUCAGUGCCCAUCUGAGCUGCUUUCAGUGCCUAUCAGUGCCACCUAUCAGUGCCAGUCAGUGCCGCCUAUUAGUGCCAUAUAUCGGUGCUGCCUUUCCGUGCCCAUCAGUGAUGUCUGUCAAUGCCCAUCAGUGCCAC